UGUUGUGGAGUCCAACUUCCAUCCACGCGGUAGUGGUGAAACUUUCCGCAAUUUUCCGGCAGUGGAAACGCCGUCGGGUUGUGGUGCGUCUCUAGUUUGUUCGUUGUUUUUUUACGUGUGUACUUCCCCACCAGUGUGCCGUGCGCGUGUGAUGUGAAAAUUAGGCUUGCCCCUAGAAAGUCACCCAGGUGAAAAGAAGCUGCUACCGAUGUUGAUCGAAGUGCAGCACAGUGCAAACACUGAAAAACCAAAUGCUUCUAGUACACGUUUGUUAAGUAAGGACGUAACUGUCUCCCGGGGACAGUCGAACAGGAAGAAUACGAUCUCAUCAAAGUUGUCCGAAGAAACUCGCUGACACGAUUUUAAGAGCAACGGAAUACAGAUUAGCGCGCCGGAAGGGUAAACCACCUUCGGUAGACUGUCCAAUCGCUCGGUUCCCGUGGCAUCAGCAUUGCAAAUAUGAAAUAUCCCGGCGGCAACCCAUCCACAAUGUUUUGCGAACAGGUUGGCACUGUGACGUCGCUAUUCGAGCAGUGGAAUGAUUGCGAACGGACGGUCGUGCUGUACGCGCUGCUGAAACGCGUCCCAUUCGCCAAUCUAAAGUUCCUGCAGGUUUCGAUCGAUUAUAAUCUCGCGCAAAACUACAGCACCCAGGCCAAGCUGCAGCAGCUGGAAACGAAGGCCAACAGCACGAUCCUGCUGGGUAUGCUGGUGCAGCGUUACUAUCAACUAAGCGGUCACAGCAGUGCCGCAGCCUCGCUGCUAAUCAGUGGCACUCAGUUGAACAACAACAAUAACAGCAACAGUGUGAACAAUAAUCUCAAAUCGACCACCGAAACGUCCACGCUGUAUGAGCUGCUGAAGAAAUCGUCCAUCCCGGGUGGGGAUGGUAGCGUUCCGGCUGGCUUAAAAGAAUCUCCCAUCAUUAGCGCUACCACCAAUUCCUCCACGACAGCGGCGAUACCACCGCCGGUACACAACCCACACGCACCGAAGGGAGGUGGUGGCUAUGAACAGCAGCUCCAACGAGAACCGGAAACGAAGGAAGAUAUUUUAAAAGAUAUCCUCAUGUACCUGCCACUGCUGGCCCCGGGCAACGAUGAAGCCAAAAGUCUGUACAUGUCGCUCAUACCGGCAGCGGUAGAUGAUGCGUGCCGGCAGCUCGUACCGACCGAAAUUGUGCAGCAGACGCUGUCCUAUCUACUUAUACAUCCCGCUAUCACGAACGACGAUCGACGCGUUCUUAGUCACUGGUUGCGAUAUCUGGAGGAUUUCAUUUCAACGUCGUACCUUCCGCCCGCUAGCACGGCAUCCGUCGUGAAAAGCCGCAACUUUUUUAACCUACAGCAAGUCGCUGGAGUAACAAACGGUACAAGCAGCAGUAGCAGCAUUAACAGCAACGGUACAGCAGCAGUGCCCUGUGCCACCAACCCACAUGUACAGUAUCUAUCAACAUCGACAAACUCUUCCAACGGAGGAGGAUUGGGUUCAAACUCAUGGACAAACGGAGCAUCCGCUCCGGGCUCGCAGAUCGUACCAGGUGCCGGUGCGGUUCAGCUUCCUUCAGCAGUGCACCACCUUCACCAGCAGCACCAGACGCCCGCUGCGUCCGUGCUGUCGAAAUCGCAACAAAGCCUAAAUCAUACGACAACGACCGGCACCGUGUCCGGCGGCAACAGCAAUAAUAGCAAUAGUCAUAUCAACAAUAGCAGUAGUUCUAGUACGAGCUCAUCGUCCAGCUCGACCGCCAGUUCCAGUUCCUGUCUGGAUAGUGCCGCAUCGCAGCUGUUGAAAACGGCGGCCUCUCCCAGAUUACCAGCGCAGCAGCAAGCAGCCGAUUGGGCACCCGAGCACGCAGAAGACGGCAAAUCGGUGCACGAGUUUAGCAAGACGAUUGGACAGAGCUUGCUUGCAUCUAGUCAAUCGAUGAUGUGCAGCACCACUGGCAGCAAUGUUACUGGCAGUUCGCUAGUGUCGAGCAACGGUGGUGGUGGAGCUGGCAUUAGCGUGACCCUACCACUACACAGUCAGCAGCAGCAGCAACAACAACAACGGCCUACGGCAACGGGUGUAGGACCCACAGCCGAAAGUGCAAGCUGCGAUACGCACCACGAUCUCAUGGCAGCCACGGAAUCGCUUCUGUACGAUUCCACCGACGAGGAUCACAUUUCGUUCAGCAAGAAUGGUACCGAGAUAUUCGAUUACGAUUGUGAUUUCGAUAACGAGGACGAGUUUAACUAUAUAACCCGCAGUGCGGCUGCUAUCCGGGCAGCAGAAGCUGCCGCCCCGAAUGUCAUGUCACCCGCUGCGUCCAAUCCGGCUGGUUCCGGAGUCGGACCGGGAACGGCAGGGCCAACGCAUGCAACCGGCAAAAAGUUAGUCUCGUUCAAUAGUAACGUGAACGAUUUCUUGCGCGUACCACUGCUCACUAACUUUGGACAGCAUAGUCUGCUGUCGUCGGCUGGCGCUAGCGUCGGUGGUGCACUGCUGGACCUCGAUCUGGACGGCACGCUGAUGAAAACGCGUCGAUCCAACAGUCUAACCACCCCUUCCACCCUGUCUGCGCUCGGCGUUGGUGAGCUAAAUGCGCAGCAGAAGCAAAACAACGAAUGUUUGUCGGCGGAGAACCUUUCCAAUCUGCAGCUGUUGCAGAACAAACCGCGCAGCUUUUCGCUGACGAUGGAGAGCCCACGGUCGUCGCUAGCAUCGAGCGGCUCCGACACGCAGCUGGACGACUACAAGCAGGGCAGCGGUUUGAUGAAGCUAUACGGUGGACAGCCAAACAUCGGUAUGUCCAGCAUAGCGCACUGGCUGAAGAGUUUGCGGCUGCACAAGUAUGUGUGGUUGUUCUCGAAUCUAACGUACGACAAAAUGCUCGGCAUUACGGAAGAGUACCUGCAGAAUCUGGGUGUCACGAAGGGUGCCCGGCACAAGCUGGCCAUCUGCAUACAGAAGCUAAGGGAACGUUACGGUACGUUGUUGCAGCUGGAAAAGGAUCUGAUAGCAGGCCAAAAGGCACAACUUGGCACUGUGCUGGAGGAGUUAACCAACAUCGUGCUAACGCCAAUGAAACCGAUCGGUAUGGAUCAAACGGAGGAUAUUGCUGGACAGUUUGUAAAAGUUUUGGAUCUAGUUGGUUCCAUCAUAGUAAUGCGGCCGGUCUGUAACCAGCAGGACGAAGAGUACCUGAACAUUUUUCUGUGGAUUGUCGAGCGCGCCCUGCACAACGACGCCUUCAUUGCACACUCUGCCCAAUUGAAGGAUCAAAAGUACAAAGUGUCAAAGAUAAAGAUGCAAAUUGCGCCAAAGAGUGGACACUUUACGAAGAGUACGAACGUUGCUGGACCUGGUAUGAACAAGCCAAGAUGGUCCGCAAACAACAAGCAUAAACCAGUGAAUGUCAACGAAUCGCAAGUGAAAUCACAUCGCAAAAGUUCAGUUCCGUACUUUGUACCACCGAGCCAUGUGAGUGCAGGUCAGCAAGCAUCCGUGUGUCCGUCGCAACAAACUCACUCCCAUCUACAGGGUGCAUCGUCGCAGGUCAUGACGGCUCAUCAGUAUUUCCACCACGCUAGCGCCGGCAGCAAUGCCACCGGCAGCACGGCUAACUAUAACAAAAGCUCCUCCUAUCCGAGCUUCGCUUCUACCCUGCACAAUGGUAGCGGAGGCGUAGGUAAUGGUGGUGGUGUCAUGAAACCGAUAAUUACCAACAACCCGUCCAUCCAACCAUCCAACCAUCACCAGCCACAGCUUCCCCACAAGCAAUCCACACCGGCUCCCUCGCUGCAACCGCCAGCCAUGCAGCAUCCUAACUUUAUGUUUCAUCGCCAUUCGUUGAGCAACAUUACGCAUCACCACCACAAUACCAAUCCGUUGGUACCUCCACCGGCCAUUUUUCUGAACAAUCUGUGCUCCGUGUCGGGUGAAAAUCGAUCCACCGUUGGGAAGAUCGUUGAUAAAGGAAACGCCGCGAUGAAGCAGCUUUCCGGUGGGGGUUUAAUGUCUGGUGGAGAACAGCCGCUGCUGACUAAGGAUAGCGGUCAGUGCGAUAGCAGUAACAGUCAAAAUAACCACAACAGUAGCAUCGUUGAUAUCAACUCGCGACUCGAAUUUCUUUGUCGGCAGAUGACGGAACAAGCGAUUAAUUAAUAAGCUAACGUGUGAGGCGUAGGGAACCGAUGGUUGGGAAGCUGAUUGGUGAUAUGAGCAGAGAUAGAGCUGAGAUAAGGGUUUUUAGCAUGUAGCUGUAGCAGUUAGCACCGAAACAAACAAACAAAUCGAACGACACGCUAGAGAAGCAUCGAAAACAGAGAGGGAAGUUACGACCAGUUGAGAAUGUUUUGCCUUCCGUGGGGCGAUCUACGUGUUUAUGUUUAAAUGUGUGUCGUACCCCUUCUUCAAGAAGGAAACAUGUACAGUUGUGUUUUUACGUGUAGCUGUUUAAACCAUGUCGUACGUACGUAAUGACUAAAGGACAAGAAAAAUACGUAGCGCAAGUUUUCGCUAAAACAACAAUGUUAGCUCUUAUCAUAUAUGCAUAUAUAUAUAUUAACAAUUACACACAAACAACAAACACAGUGAGACAGAUUGUGACACACUGCUACAAUAGUGCAGUUCUUAUUAAGUUUUGUUUGAAUGGAAUGUACACCGCUUACAAGGAAACAAGAAUAACGUUAGGUUACAACUAGUUGUCUCGUAGGUAAAACCAGUUUUGAUGUUGAACGUUUUUGUGUUAAGCUUUUGUGUUAGCACAACCGGGCACCUCUUUAUCUUGACGAUACACACGAGAAACGGCUACCAGGAUAGUAGAGCUAACGUAAGAAUAUUUUAAGACGUUUACAUUAGAGCACACGCGCGCCCUGCCUUCAUGGGCAUGGGCGAUUCGGAAAACCUACCGACAAGUCACGCGGGUAUUCUGCAAAAAGUAUUUAUCUUGUUACGUUUUAUUUGUAUUGUACCAUUUAUUUUGUUUAUUUUUAAGCGUACCAUCUAACGACCGUGUAUAGUUGUUUGUUUCUGACAAUGUAAUACGAUGUGUAAUACAUGCAAAGAAGGGAAAACGCUCCCUGGUUCAUCCUGAACAUUAAAGCAAAAAAAAAAACGCUGAUAAUAUGCGCCUAGUGUGCGAUGGAACGAAACAAGAAGGACAAACGACACCUUUCACGAGAACGGGUGUGCUCUGGGGAGAGAGGAGCGAUGCGUGUAAAUUGUAAGCAUAAUGUGAUCAAGUGUUUAUUUACCAUGGUGUGUUUACUAGUUCUGUUAGUUACAAUUGCAUCAGUAGGAGAGAAACAGAAGGUUCGCUACUUAGCACAUGCAUUUUAGGUGUAGAACCG